UGAACCUGCUCCACUGGCGGCCACAGUGGACGCGUUGUGGUGGUCAGCCAGCGGUGCUGUAGUGUCCUACGAUGAUAGCAGCUAGCUUCAUGGCUAGUUAGCUAACCUAGAGUGUCAGCGCAGACUUUACAAGAUUUAGCUGGCUGUCUGUCUGGCUGGCUAGGCCGAUGUUGCUGGCGGCGGAGGGGAUGAAUUUAAUGUCUUCCAUCAUGUCCAAGUCGUUGCGUUAUUUUUAGCUAGCACUGCAGGCUAGCGCGGCUAAUAGCGGCGAGCAAAGCGUGACUAAUCGGUCUGUAGUUUGAUAAACAAUAGGGAUGGAGCAGUGGCAGGACGCGGCCUCUCAGCAGCUCAAGCUGCUUACACACCGUCUCAAUGAACUGCUGUCCAAAGGCCUGGGACUGCUGCGGUCCGAGCUCGGCGUGGAUUUGGGACUGAAGCCGGAGCUUAUUCCGCCAUGGGUGAUCCUCUUAGCGGCAUGUACCGGGCUGGUGCUGAUGGUCGCUCUGUGGGCCUCAACCUGCCGGGCUGUCUUCAAGAAGCGACCCGCUAUAAGCCCUGUGGACGACGGGAUUGAAGUGAAGCGGGGUGUCAGUAAACCUGUCAAAUCAGAGGAACCGAAGAAAAAGAAGAAGAAGGCAGAAAAGAAAGCUCAGUCAAACGGGAGAGCUGUUGCUGAACCACAGGAAGAAGCCAUAGUGUCGGAAGAGAUAGUGCCACAUCACCAGCCGCCCCCACCAGAAGUCAAGGCUGAAAAGGUUGCAGAGGUAAAGAAGUCAAAGAAGAAGGCCAAACAGGCUGUAAAGGAGACCAAGACAGUGAGUGCAGAUGGCAAAGAACCAGAAGAAGGCACAUGGGAGACCAAGGUCAGCAACAAGGAGAAGCGUGAGCAACGCAAGAAGGACAAGAGUUCCAGCGAUGGCUCAGCCAGUCCUGGAGGAGGGGACACACCCGUGAGCACCCCCCCAGAGCAGAACAAGGUCUCUGCAGCCCCUGCACCUCCUGGCCAAAAGAAGAAAAAAGGAGAAUCCACAAAAGUGAAGGCAGAGAAGGUUGAGGCUGUUGUACCUCAAGUUAACAACAGCGAGGUUGCUGCCGGUGUGACUGACAUGCCUGUAAAGGUUCCUGCUCGCAGCGUCGCUCCAAAGAUGGGCCCCUGGUCAAUGGACAGGAGAGAACCACUUGAUGACACAUGGUCUGGGAUACCGAAAACGGAGCGAAAUCUGGUGACUUUAGCUGGACUGAGUGCUGGUACUGCUGAGCCCCAGCCUGUGUGGGACCUGCCCUCGCUCAGUCAGCCCAGAGUGGACGAUGAGUGGUCCGGACUCAAUGGUGGUUCAGUCGAUCCCAGCUCUGACUGGAACGCCCCCUCUGAAGCCUGGGGCAACUAUGAAGAACCCACUCCCGAGCCCCCUCCCGCUGAGGACCGGCCCCUACUGGAGCCUGCAAAGAUCAAUCUGCUGAUUGCAGCGGUUGAUGAUGAUGAGGACGAGAAAGACAAGGGAGAGUCUGCUGCCGAUGGAGCAGCGAAAACUAAAAAGAAGAAAAAGAAGAAGAAGAAGGCUGCUGAGGAGGCAGCUGGCCAGGGCGAGGAGCCAGAGAAGGAGGCGGCACCUGCGGCCUCAGUGAAGAAGCAGCCACCUGUUCAGGAGAAUACUGCUGCCGUCCAGCCUGCCAAAGCGGCUGCUGUGGAGGCAAGAGUGGAGCAACCAGUGAAGGACAACAUAUCCCAGAAACCCCCUGUCACACAAGUGCCACAGAAGCCAACUGAUGGUGAGCCCACUGCCAAGCAGAACAACCUUUCUGCUCCAACACAACAAAAAAAACCUGAAGAGAGCCAGGCUCCCAAGCCGGCAAAGAAGAAGAAGGCGAGGAGAGAGACAUGAGACGGAGUCCACUCUGCACACUUCUGUAUGCAAAAGACUUCAUAUCCUGUUUAUGCAACACCUUUUGUGUCAAGAACUUUGAACUAAGGUCUCAUGAUGGACUUAAACCUUAAAACCUGUCUGGAAAUUGAAACAACUUUUAUAUACGUCGAGUGUCAGCCGAUGGAUCGUUGAAAACUGAACCUAGAUGCAGUGCAAUCUAAUGUAAUGCGGUGUUAAUGAUUUUUAAGUAUGAAUUUGAUACUCUUGAUUCUGUCUUCUAAUUCCACUGAAUCAAAUAACUGAUUGAAAGAGCUGUAUUGUAGUAAUUAGACAUGUAGAAAAUACUGAUCAUGUUUAGAAAUUUGAUGUUGUGGUGGCUAACGACUGGAGUUUACUGUGUAGAGAAUGGAAACGGUCAACAUGCAUCAGGUCACACAACACUGGGCCAAGACGAGGAACUGGCCUUUGCUUUUGUAGUCUUUUAUUUUGCUCUUACAUUUGUGAGCCGUGAUGGAACAGAGAGCGUUGUUGGGCGUGAAGAGCGGAGAGAUCAAAUGUUUUAUUUCACGUCAACGGUUUUGGCUCUGCAGGGUGUCAAACAUUUGUGAAUUAAAUGAGACAUGAGCAUCGUCGGGUGCACAAAAGGGAAUCAUGUCUGCUCUGUAUCUUAGCAAUCUUAUCUGUGACUACAGCAUUCGAAUUGACUCAGUCCAUCUGGUUUGUCCCUUGUCUGAUGUUGUACUGCGGUGUUUCGAGACAACUGUUUCCUUGCUGUUUUCUAUCUGUGACUGCUUCGUGGCGGUGUGGGAGCCUCUGAUGGUAGAUGUACCAUUACAGUCUCACCAACAUCGUCAUGAUUUUCCACCUGUGGUUGAUUUGAAAGUCUUCAGAACCUUUUGUAAAACCUGUUUCUAAUAAAAGAAAAGCUCAAGCCAUAUGUAAAAAGACUAAAUAAAGGCCAGUUUUUCUAUAU